AACGAUGUCCGAAUCAUUGGAAAAUGCAAUUUAUACUUCUGAAAAGAAUGGAGACGACAAAACAGGGAAGGGUACUGAAUCCGAGCCUUUGAAAACGAUUUUAAGAGCGAUGCAUCAUGCGGGCAAGGAACCAUUUCCGCCAAUUUAUGUAGAUUCUCAGGAAGCUGGGCAGAAGUACAAGCUGGCAUCGAAAACUCAGUUGAAAAAGAUACAAAAGAUCUGGGCGAGGGAACAGCAUAAGAACGAAGACAAACAAGCAAAGUUGCAGUUGGACGAAGAGAAAAGAAUAAAGAAUUUGGAAGAAGCCAAGGCGAUAGUGCUUCAGGAAGAUACCACUUUGCCAUCUGCUGUUCGUAUAAAAAUCAGGGAUGGUGAAAAGUACAGAAGUCAAAGAGUCAAGCUCUUCGGAUGGGUACACAGGCUUAGGCGUCAAGGUACUGCAACUCACGUGCAUUGA